GACGCCACCGGCAGAGUCUAGCGGACGCCUCCCCCCCUCAUUCCCACGAGAUCCGACUCCGACCGAGACCCCCGUCGCCGGCCACCGUCGCGGCAGCCGGCUCCGCACCGGGACGCCGGCGGCGCUCGAGGAGUACGGGGGGAGCGAUGGGGUGGGGCACGGUGCUCUACGAGGGCGCGCUGGUGGGCUCGUCGCUGGUGGGGCUGGGCUGGGCGGGGCUGUGGUUCCUCAACCGGCGGCUGUACAAGGAGUACGAGGAGCGGCGGGUGCUGGUGCAGAUCCUCUUCGGCCUCGUCUUCGCCUUCUCCUGCAACCUCUUCCAGCUCGUCCUCUUCGAGAUCCUCCCCGUCCUCUCCAAGCACGCGCGCUUCCUCAACUGGCACCUCGACCUCUUCUGCCUCAUCCUUCUCCUCGUCUUCGUCCUGCCCUACUACCACUGCUACCUGCUUCUCCGCAACUCAGGGGUGAGGAGGGAGCGGGCGUGGCUCGUUGCGGCGCUUUUUCUGCUGAUAUUCCUCUACGGGUUCUGGCGCAUGGGGAUUCACUUCCCCAUGCCUUCACCUGAGAAAGGGUUUUUCACGAUGCCACAGCUGGUCAGUAGGAUUGGUGUGAUUGGAGUAUCUGUCAUGGCUGUUCUUUCUGGUUUUGGUGCUGUCAAUCUGCCAUACAGCUAUCUGUCACUGUUCAUCAGAGAAAUUGAUGAAAUGGACAUCAAAACUUUGGAACGGCAGCUGAUGCAAUCCAUGGAGACAUGUAUUGCUAAGAAAAAGAAAAUUAUUUUGUCCCAAAUGGAGAUGGAGAGGAUUCAAGGAUCAGAGGAGGCAAAUAAAGACAUUUACAUGCAGAAGCUAAAGGCCAGAUCAUUUCUGAAGCGUAUAGUGGGAACAGUUGUUCGGUCUGUGCAGGAAGAUCAAACUGAGCAGGAUAUAAAAAACUUAGAAGCAGAAGUUCAGGCUCUGGAAGAGCUUUCCAAACAGCUAUUCCUUGAGAUAUAUGAACUACGUCAAGCUAAGAUAGCUGCUGCUUAUUCUCGAACAUGGAGAGGACAUCUUCAGAAUCUACUUGGAUAUGCUUUGUCAGUGUAUUGUGUUUAUAAGAUGCUUAAGUCCUUGCAGAGUGUAGUCUUUAAGGAGUCAGGCUCUGUUGAUCCUGUAACAAUGACAAUAACAAUUUUCCUGAGGCAUUUUGACAUUGGCAUUGAUGUUGCACUUUUAUCGCAGUACAUAUCUUUGAUGUUCAUCGGAAUGUUGGUUGUCAUAUCAGUUCGGGGUUUCUUGGCAAAUGUUAUGAAGUUCUUCUUUGCUGUUUCUAGGGUUGGGAGUGGCUCGACAACCAAUGUUGUUCUUUUCCUAUCAGAGAUCAUGGGCAUGUACUUCAUAUCUUCCAUUCUUCUUAUAAGAAAAAGCCUGGCAAAUGAAUAUAGGGUGAUCAUUACUGAUGUUUUGGGUGGUGAUAUCCAAUUUGACUUCUACCACCGCUGGUUUGAUGCUAUAUUUGUGGCAAGUGCAUUCCUGUCCUUGCUUCUGAUUUCAGCCCAAUACACCACCAGACAAACAGACAAGCAUCCAAUUGAUUGAUGCAUCUGUCCCACUUGUGUGCAUAUUGUCUUUUAACCACUAUUUAUCCGAGGUUGACCCAUUUUUGUACCACAGUUUCGAAAGGCGCUGUUUCUCCCCAGACCUCCAUACACAGUUACAGAACAUAAUACAUCAGUUAACUUGAAUGGAUCUCUUUAUUUCAUAAUAUGUUUCCUAGCCAGCAGCAUGAUUCAUGGCAAACCGUUCCUGUGCAUGGAAGUUUACUUGUCUGCCAACCCUGCACGUCUAUGGCAAUCACUCGAAUCAUGUGUGGUGAUGCUGUAAUGGGUUCCAUUGUAAUGUUGUCAGGCACCAUAUUACACUCUUUUUCCGAAGACAACUGAGGAAGCCCGUAUUAGGAAUGAAGUAUGACUUUGUAAAAUAGCUUGAGACUAGCGUGCUAGCAUUGUAUGGGUUUGAUGUAUCUUGAAGAUUCUUUUGGCUGUUAAUCUGUAACAUUUGACACAACUUUGAAAUGUAGAUCUAUUGUUCAUUGGAUCACUUUUUCUU